CUUUGAAGUUUGCAAACUUUUAUGGAGAAAAUCGACGGCCAGCCAACCAAUGGAUAACACCUCAAAGCCAUUCUAAAUACUUUUAACGGGGGUUGUGGACUGUCAAACUCCCAGUGCGUUUUGGACAAAGUUUGUUAUUGUGGUUUCUCAGAGCUAAGCUAGCCUGGAAAGGUAUCGUGUGUGUUAGCUACCCAGCUAGUGUGCCAGCUUUACUUACAGCACCUCAUUAGCCAGUGUGCUAACGUGGAGCACUUGCAAGACACAGCUACUCUCGGCAUAUGACGCUCAAAACACAGACGGGUCGCAGAUUUGGGGAUGACUUCUCCCCCUCUUCGAAAGCGUAUUCUGUCUUGUGAAUGCAUGUUAGAGAAGGGACACUAGUCCUACAUCUGCUAUUCAUGAGAGGUCUGCUUACAGGCUAGUCCUACUGCCUAGAAGUUGCAGAUACACAGUAGAGAUACCAGAUAGUGAGUGCGGGCCUUGUCUUGUCUUGUCUGCGUGCGUGCGUGUGUCUGUGUGAGAGAGAUUGUUGUGUGUACCACUGGAACGCACACGAGGGUUGCGGUGCUGUUUGGAAUGUUUUGGUGUCUCAAAUAAUAAUAUUAUUAGUCGCAUCUCCCAUCAGACGCCACAUUGGCCGAUUAUGUAGCUAGCUAACCUGCUCAACUCGCUACUGCAAAAGUCUUCUUGUCUUGUUCACAGCAUUUACAAUUGGUGGUGGUCGUGGUGUACCUUAGCAUUUUAUCCUGAAGAAGCUGUGGUGCCUUGCCUUAUCUGGCUGAAAAGAGGUUGAAAAGCCACUGCUUUCCUGGAUCACCUGGAGAGGAGCGCGGGGCCGGUGCGGUGCGGUGCGGUGCGGUGCCGGUUCAGCGCGGUGCGGUGCGGUGCCGGUGAUGUGUCUGGACUGGGUGCCCAUCUGACCUCCUGACCCCCCCACCAUGGGAGGCUGCGUGGGCCGCGACCGCGGAUACUCACGAGAGCAGGGGGCGUCUCGCGCCGGAGGACGGACCGGACGCAAGCGUGGAGGUCGUAACGAGCCGCUUCGUAAGGAGCGUCCGCGCUGGAAGUCGGACUACCCGAUGACAGAGGGCCAGCUGCGCAGCAAGAGAGAUGAAUUCUGGGACACGGCGCCGGCCUUCGACGGCCGCAAGGAGAUCUGGGACGCGCUGCGGGCCGCCGCCGUCGCCAUGGAGACCAACGACCACCAGCUGGCACAGGCCAUCGUGGACGGAGCUAGCAUCACGCUACCGCACGGUAAUCUAAGUGAGUGCUAUGAUGAGUUGGGGAAUCGCUACCAACUUCCUGUCUACUGCUUGGCCCCGCCCCUCAACCUGAUAUCUGAACGCAGCGACGGCGAAGAGACCAGCGACACACCCGAGACUCACACACACACACGCAAGGAGUUCUCCCUUAAGGUGCGUCUCUCCACUGGUCGUGAUGUGCGUCUGAGCGCCAGCAUGUCUGAUGCUAUUGGUCAGCUGAAGCGGCAGCUGGCGUCUCAGGAGGGCAUAUCGACCAAUCAGCAGCGCUGGUUCUUCUCCGGGAAGCUGCUGACUGACAAGACCCGCCUCCAGGACACCAAGCUGCAGAAGGACUACGUUGUCCAGGUGAUCGUCAACGCCCCCGUAACCACGACUACCACCACCGAUACGCCACACACGCCCCACACCACGCCCCCCGCGCACACACCACACACUACGCCCCCAGAACACACACACACUACACCCUCCGACACGACGACCACCACCCCCAGCCCCAGCCCCACCUCCACCGAAAACUGAGGCAACGCCUCAACAGAGACAAGGGGGGAAGAGAGGAGAGGAGAGGGGAGGAGUGCGUGUGGAGACCUCGUUUAGGACUCGUUGUGGACUCGGCAAUGACCAGGAUGUUGUCGUCGUUGCUUUUUGAAUUUUUAUUUUUGUUCUUUUAUUUUCACACAAAUGUCGAGAUUAAAGAGGAACUUCAGAUCUUUAAA